AUGGAUAACACAGAGCUCCACCAUGCUCCUGAGGGUCCAAUUGACACAAACAUAGAAGACUACUCCAGAAUUACUUGCUUUGCAGAUUUUAGAAGUGUGUUCUCUGCGGAAUCCUUAAAGCUUUGGGCAAUUGCUGGCCCUAUUGCCUUCAGCAUACUGUGCAAUUAUGGUGUCAAUUCCUUUACAAGUAUCUUUGUUGGCCAUCUUGGAGAUUUGGAACUCUCUGCUGUUUCAAUCUCUCUCUCUGUCAUUUCAAAUUUCUCUUUUGGCUUCUUGCUUGGCAUGGCAAGUGCACUAGAGACUCUAUGUGGGCAAGCAUUUGGUGCUGGACAAGUAGAAAUGCUAGGGGUUUACAUGCAACGUUCUUGGAUAAUCUUAUUGGGUGGAUGCAUCUGCCUAAUGCCAAUUUACAUUUAUUCUGAGAGAAUCCUUAUACUCCUUGGACAAGAACGUGAAAUUGCUGAGUUAGCUGGAGUAUUCACUAUUCAAUCUAUCCCUCAGAUGUUUUCUCUAGCAGUGAAUUUCCCUACCCAAAAGUUCUUGCAGGCACAAAGCAAAGUGGGUUUCCUGGCAUGGUUGGGUUUUGGAGCCCUUAUUUUACAUGUCAUUAUUCUUGUUAUUUUAAUGAAAGUGCUUGCUAUGGGUACAAGUGGUGCUGCUAUAGCCUAUUGUCUAACAGCUUGGAUCAUUGCUUUGGCUCAAACUGCCUAUGUCAUUGGUUGGUGCAAGGAAGGGUGGACAGGCUUCUCUUGGUUAGCCUUCAAGGAUCUUUGGGCCUUCAUCAAAUUGUCAGUUGCUUCUGCAAUCAUGCUUUGCUUAGAGGUUUGGUAUUUUAUGAUCUUGAUUGUGCUCACUGGACACCUUGACAAUCCAGUUAUUGCUGUUGGUUCUCUUUCAAUAUGCAUGAAUAUAAAUGGAUGGGAAGGAAUGUUAUUCAUAGGGAUCAAUGCAGCAAUCAGUGUGAGGGUUUCAAAUGAGCUUGGAUUAGGACGCCCAAGAGCAGCAAAAUAUUCAGUGCUUGUGACAAUUCUAGAGUCCCUCAUCAUUGGGUUACUUUGUGCAGCCAUUAUUUUAAUUACAAAAGAUCAUUUUGCUAUCGUUUUCACUACAAGUAAAGAAAUGAUAAAAGCAGUUUCCAAAUUAGCAAACCUUCUUGGAAUAACCAUGAUUCUGAAUAGUGUUCAGCCAGUUAUAUCAGGUGUUGCUGUUGGAGGGGGUUGGCAGUAUUUGGUAGCUUACAUCAAUUUAUUUUGCUAUUAUAUCCUGGGACUCCCUCUUGGCUUUUUUUUUGGUUACAAGUUGGGUUAUAGAGUGGAGGGUAUUUGGAUUGGAAUGAUCUGUGGGACAGCAUUGCAAACGUUCAUCUUGCUGGUCAUUGUCUAUAAAACCAACUGGAACAAGGAGGUUGAGCAAGCAUCAGAGCGAAUGCGGCAAUGGACCGGACAAGAAAUGGAGACAAAUCACACGUCAUCUUCACAUGUGAAACAUUAA